CGGAAGUGGGCAGUUCAGUUGUGGAAAAAAGUUCUCAUGACUGUUUUCGUGUCAGUGAGAAAAAGUUAGUCGUUUGUCGACUCCUGUGUGUCUGUCGAGGCUUCUUAAAUACAACGAGGCACCGUGAAACUUAAGCUAAAACAAGCAGAAUGGGGAGUGAAGCACACCCAGUUCAGAUCGUGGACGUAAAUAAGGACGAUCACUCCUUCACUUUGGACACAGAGGCUUUAUCUCAGAUCCUGCUGGCCCCUGAAGUCCGAGACAAACAUGUGGUGGUUCUGUCGGUGGCCGGAGCUUUCAGAAAGGGGAAAAGCUUUUUGCUGGACUUCAUGCUCCGCUACAUGCACAGAAGGAGUGACAACAACUGGUUGGGUAAUGAUGAGGAGGAACUGACUGGAUUUUCUUGGAGAGGAGGUUCCGAGCCGGAGACGACAGGCAUCCAGCUGUGGAGCAAAGUUUUCACAGUUCGAAAGAGCGAUGGAACAGAGGUGGCGGUUGUGUUGAUGGACACUCAGGGAGCCUUUGAUGACCAGUCCACAGUGAAGGACUGCGCCACCAUAUUCGCCCUCAGCACCAUGACCAGCUCAGUUCAGAUCUACAAUCUCUCACAGAACAUCCAAGAGGACGACCUGCAGCAGCUACAGCUGUUCACAGAGUAUGGUCGUCUGGCCAUGGAUGAGAUUUUCCAGAAGCCUUUUCAGUCUCUGAUGUUUCUAGUCAGAGACUGGAGCUUUCCCUACGAAUACGGCUACGGUUUUAGAGGCGGCAGUGAAUUUCUGGAUAAACGGUUACAGGUCAAAGAGGCCCAACAUGAGGAGCUGCAGACAGUAAGGGAACACAUCCAUUCAUGUUUCACCAAGAUCUCCUGCUUCUUGUUGCCCCACCCUGGGCUGAAGGUCGCCACCAACCCUGCUUUUCGGGGGCAACUCUGUGACGUUGCCCCUGAGUUCAAAGAGCAGCUUCGGUCUCUGAUUCCUAAACUGCUGCAUCCAGACAACUUGUCUGAAAAGGAAAUAAACGGGAAUAAAGUCACCUGCAGAGGCCUGCUGGAGUUCUUCAAGGCCUACAUUAAGAUCUACCAAGGAGAAGAUUUACCUCAACCAAAGACCAUGCUCAUGGCUACAGCAGAGGCUAAUAACCUGGCAGCUGUGGCAGCAGCUAAAGAUCAGUAUCAGAAAAAUAUGGAGAGGAUCUGUGGAGGAGAUCUGCCCUAUGUGGCUCCAGAGACUUUGGAGGAGAAGCAUAACUUUUUCCAUGGAGAAGCCAUUCAUGCUUUUGCUUCCACCAAGAAAAUGGGAGGACAGGAGUUUUGUGAUCGUUACCAAGCACAGCUGCAAAAGGAGCUGAAUGAGAUGUGGGUGUCGUAUAGCAAGCAAAAUGAGGCUAAAAAUCUCUUCAGCGCCUUCAGAACUCCUGCGGUUCUCUUUGUGCUGAUGUGCCUCUUCUACGUGCUCUCGGGUGUGUUGCUCUUUGUCGGCCUGACCACCUUUGCCUUGGUUUGUGACUGCGGUCUGGGGCUGCUGAUGAUAGCGAUGCUAGUGUGGGCCUUCAUCCGCUACUCUGGUCAAUACCGGCCUGUGGGCGGAGCCAUUGACCAGGCGGCUGGGGUUGUCUUAGAGCAGGCUACGGUGAUGUUGAAUAAGUCACGAGGGGCACCCAUCAGUGUCCAGAAGAAAUCCAGCUAGAGGACCGAACCCAAACGAUCUCUAUUCCAAACAAACAGCACGCCACACAAGCACACUUUUAGCACUAAAGCCUUAUCAUCCUUCUACCACGUUGGCCCUGAGCAACAACAGCCCGUUCCUGACUCACCAGCACAUCCGAUAGGCAGAACACUCAGCCUGCUUCAGUCCAGGUCCAAAGCCUCUUUACACGUUUACAGUCGGACUUAACCGAAAAGUACAUGUUUACCUUUAAACUUUAUUGAAAACAAUGAAACAUUCAGUUUUUUAUCGUCAACGUCUCUCGUCUUACCAACAGGACAUGGGCCAUUGGUGUAGUUUGACUUAAAAACACUUCAAAAUGCAGCUUUAAAGCUUGUAUGUUUAUGUGUGUUUCUAUAGCUCUUUUUUUUAGCAAUCUCUUCCUGGUUACUCAUAGCUUCGAAAUACUGUUCUCCUUGCAGAUUUUCAGUAUAAUUGUUUCGUUUCUUGUAAUAAAAUGCACUUUCAAUAUAUCUUAAAGCUGCAGAUUUUAAGAGCAUUUUGUAAUCAUUCCACAACAACUGCUUUAGAUAGACUCUUGAUAAAAAUAUACUGAGCAGUGUAGAAUAAACAGGAUGAUACAAAUGAUUAGCCAACCAAAGAGUUAACUCCAAUAUGCUUAAAUCGGACUGUUAUUUCUUCUACAGCUUCAUACAGUCUGAAAUAAACUCCAGUAAAUAUACAAGAUACAUAAUCUUAAAGGUAGUAUGUUUAAUAAAAAACGACAAUAAUACAAAACAAGCCAUCAGUAAUUGAUUGUCUUUAAUUGUUGUGAUUGAAAAUGAUCAUUCUUUCAUCAAACAUUGAUACAGGGUUUAUUUUCACAGGUUAUCUGAGCUUUCAGGUGAGGUGGAAAACAACACUAAUAUAUCUGUAUUAUGUCCUAUAAAUAGCUCAUAUUCUCUCUGCGUAAAAAUGAUAUUCAAGCUGUUCUGUAAAAGGUUACUCUAUCCUAAUAACCAAUAGAAAUCUAGCAAGUUUGAAAUGAGACCAUCAAAUUUUCUACAUGUGGUUUAAUAUAGGCCAGCUUGAUUGUUUUGCUUUUUCAGCUUGACCAACCAUGCUUAAUUUUUUAUUUUUUUUCUCUAUUCUUUUUUCCAUUUACCCUAAACUAGAUUAACUUGCUUAGUUUUGGGGCCAUACAACAUUUCGUACAUCAAAUCUGAAGGAAUUUGGUGGUGGAUUUAAGGGCUGUUAUUUGCAACAAUAUUCCCCAUCCAUGAAUGGAUGAAGUUCAGUAAGUUUAAAGUGAUUGGAGAAACAGAAAGCAUUUAGCAUUUUGAAAACAUCCAGGUUAGUGUGUGACAACAUCGGCCACAACAUGCACUUAAGCAUAGGUUAGUGAACUUGGACACAGAGUAGAGACAUCUGGAUAAAAAGCUGUUUUCUAAGAGUCAAUGCAUGAACCUGUUUGUGAAAUAUGCUGGGCCAAAAGUGACUUUAGAAAUGUUGAGUUUUCAUCUCUGUGUUCUUUGUAUUUCUCUUCUUUUUUUUUCCACAAGCGGAGGGAACAUGUGGAUGUCUUACAAACACUAGUUUUUGCACUUUGCCUCCUCUUUGGUGCUUGUUGCACACAGCUCAUUCCAAAAGUGGGAAACAAAUGCAUGCAAUAUUGUAGUUAACAGCAAGUGUAACAAUCUCCCCUGAGUUUGCCACAGUGCUGUUUUUAUAAAGAAUAAAAAAGAAUAAAGUUUGACAGUUAUACUGCACCUGC